ACACCAUGAAGUGUAUAGUUUAUAUUUUAUUCCUAAUUAAUCUGGUGUAUUGUGUGCCGGAACAAAAAUGGCGUGAAAGCGAUGAUGGCAGUAAAUUUUACAUAGAACCUGCCAUGAAGUACAAUUGGUUUGAGGCCUGGAGCGAUUGUGCACGUAAAAAUAUGUCAUUGAUUGCCAUUGAUAGCUACGCCAAACAUCAACAGAUUGACAAUUUAUUAAAAAGAUUAUAUACCUCAUGUCCACCCAUAUGGAUUUCUGGUCAUGAUAAUGCCGUUCAUUUACGUUUUGAAUGGGCAACAACUGGUGAAGCAUUUACAUUCACAAAUUGGGGUCCCAGCCAACCGGCUGAUACAACUAAGAAUGAACAUUGUAUUCUAAUGUGGACUGAUUUUCAAUGGCAUGACUAUCCCUGCACCAAUAAGUUGGGUUAUAUAUGCGAAGAACAUCAUUUGUUUAAGAACUCUUGCCACAAGCCGUGGAUUACAAAUCCCAAAGAUAUGAAUGAAUUAAAAAAUGCAAUAUUUUAUUUCAGUAAUGGUAAAUAAAUGAUAUAAAAGAUUGUUUUUAAAAUUUUAGAA